AUGACUGGAUCAUGCCAUGAGUGUGACGAACAUCAGAGGAACAGUACUCGCCGAGACUAUGGCAACUUUGUCACACAGUCAUCUUAUGGUGUUGAAAGCUCUCAGGGAGCGGGACAGACGCAGGCGUCUGAUUACUCGUGUGGAGGUUUGAACGAACGUCCGGUGAGAACCCCUGACAGAACUUACCAGCCUAAUGGGUAUCAAGCGGAGGAGGCCCAAAUGAGCUAUCCUUCUCCGCAGCAGAGAGAAACCAGAUCUUUGCAGAUUCCUUCCUACGGGUACGCCAGGCAAAUUCAUCGUGCUCGCUUUGUUGCCCAGCCUUCCAGAUUGCAGGCUCCUUCUAACCGUCAGAAUAACAACAGAAGUGUCAACAACUUUUCGGACCCCAGCCCUUAUGAGUUGGAGGUUUCUCUCCGCAACAGGGAAAGCUUACGUGUGAAGAGCAGAAAUCUGACGGCAACACCACACCGCACUCACUCAGAGCCUAGCCUACACGAGCUUCAAGUUUCGCCGAGCAACAGUGACAAUGCUCGUUCAGUGAGCGAGCAUCAAGAGGAUACUCAGGACGACACUGGCAACAAUCGUUCGGGACGUCCUCGCCACCAGUUCCGUCGCGGAAACAUGGAUGUAAUGGAUCGCCUUCCUCGCCCAGCGCCUAGCCCUAUAGAUGGCGAGCGUCCUCCAGUCAAUAACAGAGUUGCAGCGUUGCGAGGGGAACGACGUACUAGGUCGUCCAGGCCGUCUAGGCCGUCUAGGCCGUCUAGGACAAAUUCACCAGUCGACCGCUCUCAGACGGUUUCGCCACUCACUGAGAGUGAUCUGAGUGCACCAUUUGUUCAUAUCCCCGAGUAUGAUGAAUACCCUGAGUACCCUCCGUUCAUCUAG